CUUUGCAGGAGUGGGCUGAGAUAGCAGUAGGGACCCUCUUAGGGAGCAGCUCGGGUAGGCAUCCCUGGAGAUGUUCAGGGAACAGAGCAUGUUGCAUGCAUGUCAUUGUGUUCAGGGUUUUUGUGAUAAGGGGGUGAAAAUGUGAUCCCUUGCUCUGCUUUCUGUUUGGUGAUGAUGGGAGGGACAAGGCAGGUGGAUGUAGAGGUGGAGUUGGAUAGAGGUGCCAGUCAAAACGGGGAGGUCAGCAGGUCUGAGGGCAGGGCUGUGUGGGAUAUUGAGUUAUGGAGGGCAGCCCAGCAGUAGCUACCAUCUCCUCCCUCCGUGUGUCGCCAGUCCUUGGUGCUGACAAAGGACAGAAUGUUCCUGAAGAUGCCUCUGCUUCUGGGGCUCAUUGUGCUGGGUGCUCAUGUCUGGACCAUUAAAAAAGAAUUUGUAGACAUUAGUAAGCACCAUGGUUAUUUUGUGGCAUCUGUGGAGUUUGCUUUGGCUCUGUUCAAUGAAGACAACAGGGAAGAGCACUCAUACAGGUUGCUGGGUGGGCCCAGCAAAAGGUGGACAAUGAUAUUUUUAAUGGAGCUGAAGUUGCACCGCACAAUUUGUAAAAAGCAGGAUGAAGACAUAAACAACUGCCCCUUGCAAGAAGGUCCAGGAGAGAAAAAGGUAGACUGCAACUUUGUUGUGGAUAUCAGGCCAUGGCUUUCCCAGUUCUCCCUCCUGAACAGCACCUGUGUGCAGAAAUAGGCUGGGAAGGGGCCCCUGGCUCCUCAUACAAAAGAUCCUUUUCCUCCAGAGAGCAACAGUCUGUAUGUAGUCCCAGGUCUUUUUAGCACCAGGAGAAUUAAAGGCAUCUCAGAGCA